AUGAAACAACUGAAAGAAAGAAAUAAAGAGAGCUCCCGCCAUCUAAGAUUUCGGUGCUAUUAUGGAAAGUGUGACAAUGCGGCAAAAAGAGAGCUUGUUAUGAAAUAUACUCUCACAUUCCAUAGAAACAAUAUAUUAAAAUCUAAAACUACCUACCACCCAUCUUCUUCUUCCUUAAAUCCACCCUACCUUUCUUUUCUCCUUCAUACUCACCAAAACUAUCUCUUCUCUUUAUAGACAUGAGUUUGUUUACUUGCUUCUCUUUUAACAAACAAAAUUAGCAAGGUUUCAAGUCAACUAAUUCUAACCACAUCACCUUUUAGUUAGUAGUAGUGUCCUUAAUUUUCUCUUAACUUGGGUUCCCAUUUUCUUUACCCUAAUAGUCAUGGGGGUCAUGUCCACAAGCUGUUCCUCAAAUUUACUCAGUAAACUCACUGGGGUGCCUGAAAACAAUGACUGGUACCCUUCAAGGAGGAAGACCAAUGUUGUGUUCUGCCAGGGAGGUGGAAAUAAGGUGGUCAAAUCCUCUGGCCUGUCUUCUGUGUUAACAGAAAGAUCACCACCAUUGGUUGGAUCAGAUCAUGCUCCUGCAACUCUAAUGGAUGCAGGAAGCUUGGUCCUGUCACCAAAUGGGACAAGCCAGCCAGAGAUUGUGGUCAAGGAUCUUGUCCCUUAUGGUGGAUCAACUUCCACUACAUUGAUAGGGUUGGAAGAUGGAAUUGGCAUUGCCAAGUUUCUGAGAGGGAAGAAGUUUUUCAUCACUGGGGCAACAGGGUUUCUAGCAAAAGUUCUCAUUGAGAAGAUUCUAAGGACAGAACCAGAUGUGGGAAGAAUUUACCUCUUGAUAAAGGCAAAGAAUAAGCAAGCUGCAAUGGAGAGAAUGCAGAAUGAAAUCAUAAACACAGAGCUUUUCAGGUGCCUUAGACAAAUCCAUGGAAAGUCAUACCAAGCCUUUAUGUCGAGCAAGCUAGUUCCUGUGGUUGGCAAUGUUUGUGAAGCCAAUCUUGGACUAGAUGAAGAUCUAUCUGAUGUUAUUGCUGAUGAGGUAGAUGUAAUUGUAAACUCUGCAGCUAACACAACAUUUGAUGAAAGGUAUGAUACUGCAAUCAACAUAAACACUAAAGGGCCAUGCCGCCUUAUGGGUAUUGCAAAAAAGUGCAAGAAGCUUAAGCUCUUUCUGCAUGUUUCAACAGCUUAUGCCAAUGGUCAAAGGCAAGGUAGAAUCAUUGAAAGACCAUUUAGAAUUGGAGAUUGCAUAGCAAGAGAGAAACUUGUAUCAGGAGUUCCACCAAAAUACCUUCCCUCAUUGGACAUUGAAAGCGAAAUAAAUCUGCUUUCAGAUAACAGGGGAAACAUUGAAGACAACUUACUAGCACAGAAGAUGAGGGAGAUGGGUCUAGAGAGGGCCAGAAGAUAUGGGUGGCAGGAUACUUAUGUGUUCACAAAGGCUAUGGGAGAAAUGAUGAUUGACAAACUAAGGGAGGAUAUUCCAGUUGUUGUAAUUAGACCAAGUGUAAUUGAGAGCACUUUCAAGGAACCAUUUCCUGGGUGGAUGGAAGGAACUAGGAUGAUGGAUCCCAUAGUUCUAUGCUAUGGGAAGGGACAGCUAACAGGUUUUUUGGUAGACCCAAAUGGAGUACUUGAUGUGGUCCCAGCUGACAUGGUUGUUAAUGCAACCUUGGCAGCAAUGGCAAAGCAUGGAAAUGCCCAGAAGCCAGACAUCAAUGUGUAUCAAGUUGCUUCAUCUGUGGUGAACCCUCUAAUCUUCCAAGACCUAGCAAGGCUGCUCCAUGAACAUUACAGCUCCUCACCAUGCUUUGACUCAAAGGGUAGGCCAAUUCAAGUUCCACUCAUGAAAUUGUUCAGCUCCACAGAGGAAUUCUCUGGUCACCUCUGGAAAGAUGCUAUUCAGAAAAGUGGCCUCACAGCUAUGGCCUCCUCCAAGGGGAAAAUGUCUCAAAAACUUGAAAAUAUCUGCAGAAAAUCAGUGGAGCAAGCAAAGUACCUGGCCAACAUUUAUGAACCAUACACAUUUUAUGGUGGAAGGUUUGACAACAGUAAUACACAAAGAUUGAUGGAAAGCAUGUCUGAAGAUGAAAAGAAGGAAUUUGGGUUUGAUGUAAAGGGCAUAGAUUGGAAAGAUUAUAUCACCAAUGUCCACAUACCCGGUCUAAGGAGACAUGUCAUGAAGGGAAGAGGAAUGGGUAGUCGAUGACUUGAAUCUUGUGCCAUGUGAUUACUAGUCAUAUGCUCAACAAACUGUAAUAAAAGACAUAGUUUUCCUUCUUUACUUGAAGACCUAUAUGGCAAUAGCUACAAGUGUAUCCUUUAUUAACCAUAUAAUGUAAUUUACUACUAAUAAUAAAACAUUCUGUAAUCGAUUA